UCCAAAAGCAUAUGGAGGACAAGGAUGUCUUAGUGAUGGCAGCUGCAAGAAGGACUGUUCAGCCAACCAUGUCUGUGGGGAUAAAUGUUUGCCCGGAUGUGAGAUAUGUAAUGAGAAAUUAGGUAAAUGUCUGAAAUGUGCCUACAAUCUAAGAGGAGAGAACUGCAAGACAUCCUGUUCCGACAAUUGCCACUCUGUUUGUCCAACACAGAACUGCACGUCUCCGUGUGAUAGGGACACGGGUCGAUGUUUACAUGGAUGUAAGCCUGGUUUCUGGGGAGAGCUAUGUGCAGAUCCAUGUAGCCCAAGAUGUCUAGACCAAAACUGUAAUCAAACAUCGGGACACUGUGUUAAAUGCAUAAAAGGCUACCAUGGUCCUAAAUGUCAUUUGCCAUGUGUGAACUGCAAGGACAGUGGCUGCCUUCAAUCAUCAGGCACAUGUAAGAAAUGUGAUGCUGGUUACUAUGGACAUACCUGUACACAAACCUGUUUCAACUGUUCCCCUAACGUCUGUGAUCGAAACAAUGGACUUUGUAUCAACGUAUCCUUGACAACGAUGGAAGCUGCCAUGACUACAACAGUGUAUGAAUUGGGCAACACAAGUAAUCCGACUGUACCUGGACACCAGUUACUCACUAUAUCUCCAGUUACAUUGGCAUUGGCUGUCUUUGAUGCGGUCUCCUCCAUACUGAUCAUCUUUCUUGUUUGUCGAUUAGGAAGAGUUCAAUCCAGUUUGAUCACGAACAGAAGUGGUCACCAGCCAGCUGCCCGGAAUGUAGUAUACGGUAAUAAUGAAUACGAUGAGAUUAACGAGGAAAUGAUGGACCCAACUUCGGGUAACACAAACAGCGAUGAACCUUAUUACAGUUCCCUCGUUCAUCUUGAAUGAUAGAACACGGCUUUAGCUGAAGACCAAAUGUCGAGGCAGUUUCCAGAACAUGCAUCGUGGAUCAUUCCACACUGGUUUUAGUUCCGGUGCUAUUUGAAUCCUUUGAGCACC